UGAGUGUCGGGCUAUCAACCUUUUAAAUCCAAAAUUAGGGGAGGAGCACUUACCGCCAGGUCACUUAUGUGUGGGUGUGGUUGAAUUUGAAUUAGAGAGAAUGUUUUCAUAACUCAGUCUCAUCCGUGGUGCAUAAGUGUGUGUUUCGUGCAUAUGCGCAAGUGUGUGUUUACGGCUGAACAGGUGAACCUUACUGAUGGUCGAACCUACGUUGGACACAUUACCGUCAAUCUACUGAACAAUGUUUACAACCAGAAGAGAAAUGUAUCACCUGCAAAUGUCUUUAUAUCAAGGAGUAUUUUAAAGCCAAGGAGGAAAAACUGUAGACGCUGGACAAAACGGGCUUUUCUGUAAUUCACGUUGUCUUUGCGUUUACUUCCACAUAACUAAACGUGGAAUAGCAUUUUCUUUAGGAACUAAAGUUUCAAGAAGCGAUUUGCUGUAUUUCACUAUUGUUUCAGUUUACUUACAAGUUGUCUUAGAAAAAGGGAUCGACAGCUUUGUGUUUUUAGUUUUAAAUGUUCGGGAUUCAAAACCAAUUAAACGGAGAAGCGAGUGGAAUAAAGGAAAAAGCUCUUGGGGCGGAGAUGGAUUCAGUCCGGUCCUGGGUUCGGAAUGUCGGAGUGGUGGAUGCGAACGUAGCGGCUCAAAGUGGCGUGGCUCUGUCGCGGGCCCAUUUCGAGAAGCAGCCGCCGUCCAACUUGCGCAAGUCCAACUUCUUCCACUUCGUCCUUGCGCUGUACGACCGGCACGGGCAGCCGGUGGAGGUGGAGAGAGCGGCUUUCGUCGACUUUGUGGAGCACGACAAGGAGCAGACGGGGGAGAAGACCAACAACGGAACACACUACAAGCUGCAGCUCCUCUACAGCAAUGGGGUGCGGACCGAGCAGGACCUCUAUGCACGGCUCAUCGACUCCGUCACCAAGCAGCCAAUUUCGUAUGAAGGACAGAACAAGAAUCCCGAAAUGUGCAGAGUGCUUCUCACGCAUGAGGUCAUGUGCAGCCGCUGCUGUGAGAAGAAGAGCUGCGGCAAUCGCAACGAAACGCCAUCGGACCCCGUCAUCAUCGACAGGUUUUUCUUGAAGUUUUUCCUCAAAUGCAACCAAAAUUGCCUGAAGACUGCCGGCAAUCCUCGGGACAUGCGACGCUUUCAGGUGGUCCUGUCCAGCACAGUGAGUGUCGACGGCCACGUCCUGGCUGUGUCCGACAACAUGUUUGUGCACAACAACUCCAAGCAUGGACGCCGGGCACGGAGGCUGGAGCCGGGCGAGAGCAUGGACAGCGGCCUGGAGUACGCCACACCCUGCAUCAAAGCCAUCAGCCCCAGCGAGGGCUGGACCACAGGGGGCGCCAUGGUCAUUGUCAUCGGGGAGAAUUUCUUCGACGGCUUACAGGUGGUCUUUGGCAGCAUGCUUGUGUGGAGCGAGCUGAUAACACCCCACGCCAUCCGCGUCCAGACGCCACCCCGGCACAUCCCCGGGGUUGUGGAGGUCACACUCUCCUACAAAUCCAAGCAGUUCUGCAAGGGGGCGCCGGGCCGGUUCAUCUACACGGCUCUAAACGAGCCCACCAUCGACUACGGCUUCCAGCGCCUCCAGAAGGUCAUCCCCAGACACCCAGGGGACCCCGAGAAACUUGCCAAGGAGAUGCUACUGAAAAGAGCAGCUGAUUUGGUUGAGGCCCUGUAUGGGAACCCCCAUGGUAACCAGGACAUGCUGCUGAAGCGUGCAGCGGACAUUGCAGAAGCCCUGUACAGUGUGCCGCGCCCCCACAGCCAGCUGCAGGCGCUCCCUGGCUCCCCCGCACACGGCAGCGUCAUGGGCCUGGGCUCGUACCCGUCUCAGCUGGGUGUCAGCAUCGGGGAGCCGGCACAGGCAGCCACUCAAGGCUACAUCCGCAACUCCAGCAGCUUGUCCCCACGAGGCUACCCGUCGGCCUCCACCCCCCAGCAGUCCGGGUAUGGGGCCAGCGGGAGCAUGAGUGGGGGCUAUGGCUCCGUGCCCAUGGCCAGUCUGGGAGUGCCCAGCUCGCCCAGUUUCAGCAACGCGUCCCCCACGGGCUCCCCAUAUGGAAUCAUGCCCUCCAGUCCCACAAUCCCUGGCUCCUCCUCCUCCUCCCUGCUGCCCUUCUCCACGUUCCCAUCUGCCGCCAAGCAGAAGAGCGCUUUUGCACCUGUGCUGAGACCCCAGGGCUCACCUUCCCCGGCCUGCACCGCCUCUGGGGGCAACGGCUUCAGAGCAAUGACAGGCCUGGUCGUCCCCCCCAUGUAGAGGACCACCAGCUUCCCUCCUGCCUUCUCCAGACCAAAAAGCGUUCCCCCUCAGCCAGGGAGGCGGUGACGGCAGCGGGAUAUGCCCAUAUCUCCACAUCACUCCACGGACCUGCUCUUUUCUUCCAGUCUCCCCUUCCCUUUUCCUAGUACCCACAUGUUUUGGACGGCCAAAGCAUGAACUGACGGGCUGCAUCCCGCCCUGGAAAAAUGAGACAUCUGUAACAGUCCUCCAGACUACUGGACACACUGUUCACCCACAAAGGGGGGCUGGGAGCAGUGACAUGAUGCGUGGCUAUGGGUGAGCUUGAAGGAUGUUCUUAUGGAAGGCAGAGGACUUCUCAGACGGGGUCGUUUGUGCCCCUCACUGACACUGAACACAGCUACCCUCUGAGCUCAAGUAACCCCCAACCAGAGCCAGCAUGCCCUCCUCCUUCCCAUGAUGCAAAGGGGGGCAGAUUUCCAGUCACUCACCAAGCCCCUUUUGUACCAUAGCUCAGGCUGCCCAAUGCACCAACAAAUGUCUUGCACUUGGGGUGCUUUUUUUGAAGGACUUGGUCUGUGCUCGUGAGAGGACGCUGCCAGAGCAUGAAGGCCAUUCCCGGGCGUGUCUCCGGGUGACUUACAUUCCACAUAACAGCGCCCCCUGGUGUACUUCCCGUCUCCGGGAACUCAGAAUCCUCAAAACAUCACAGAUGGUUUAUUUCAUAUAUUCAAUUUAUUUAAGAAAAAAAAAACACAACCAAUUUAACUUAUUGUUAUAGCUAGGUUUAGUAAUAAUAUAAACUUUUUUUGCAAUUGUUAUAUUAUGAUUAUGUUAUUAUAUUGCCAUUAUAAUUACUAUUUCUCAUGCUAUAGCAGGAAAAGGAAAAGGGCAAAUCUUAGGACAGUCAGAACAUUGGUAAUUAAGGGUACAAACUUGAAUAUGUAUUUUAUCAAAAGCUUCUUUGCGUGACACUAAAAUCAAUUCAUGGUCACAGGUUGUUCUGGGCAAAAACGAGACAUUAAACACCUGGUUUUCCCUUUAAAACAGAACAUAUACCAAAAUAAGAUGUAUAUCUCUGGGUGGUUUUCUUAUAUGCAUGAUAUUUCAGGACACUUUUAAAAAAUGUUUUGUUUCGUUUCAUUUUAUGUAGGAAAAAAGGCAUUCCUGAAAAGCAUUUAUUAUCCUCAUUAUAUAUUUUUGGUCCCGAUUCUUCAGUAUGUUUUUAAAAUACCUGACACAAGCAAGAACUUGUUUUUCAGGAAAUCUUUCGCACAAAGGUGGUACAACACCGCUCGAAGAUGGUCAGGAUGUGGUUCCUCAGUCUGAUAGCGUAAUAAUGUAAUUUUUCUCACCCAAUAAAAC